GUGGAAGGCCGGGCGGCAGCGAAUUGCUUCCCACCUUAAAAGCGCCACUCUCGGUGAUGUCACGUCGGAAAUUUACCAAAGCAAGAACUAGCCAACUGUGCCGAGAGAUCCAGCCCCUUGACUGGCUGAUUGGGCGGGCAGCACUGACGUGCACUGACGCUUGGAGACUUGAGGUGCAUGUUGGCUGUGCAAAAGCGAGCCCACAUAAACAAAGGCACAUUGGAGGGAAGGGCCAGUCUGUCCAGCUUGCUCGCCCGCGCUUUGCUCGCACGGCACUUCCUGGAGAGAGAGAGCGUGUGGCGGCGUGCUCGCGUGUAUAUAUGUGCGUGGCGCGCGCCCGCGUGUGUGUGUGAGAGAGAGAGACAGACCAGACCAGACCUAGCGAAAGGGAAGAAUAAACAGCGAGGGCUCUCUCGGCUUUCUCCGUUCCCUCGCCGAUCCGCCCCUGGGAAACUGAGCUACCAACAGUUGAAUGAAUGAAAGAGACACCGCCUAACAAAGAGCAUCCAGGGCAGUCUGGAGUCCGCAGUGCUUUGCUCAACUCUUGGCAACUGGUCCCUCCGCUGAAUCCUGACGCUGUCCGCCUUUAACCCCCCCGAAAACGCCUCUCACUUGGCCGAAGCCAUGCCCUGCGUCCAGGCUCAGUACGGGUCCUCGCCGCAAGGAGCCAGCCCGGCCACGCAGAGCUACGCUUACCACCACUCGGCGGCUGCCGGGGAGUACAGCUCGGACUUCUUAACGCCCGAGUUUGUGAAGUUUAGCAUGGACCUGACCAACACUGAAAUCACUGCCACCACUUCUCUCCCCAGCUUCAGUACCUUUAUGGACAACUACGGCGCCGCCGCCGCCGCCGCCGCCGCGGGCUACGACGUCAAGCCGCCCUGCCUGUAUCAAAUGCCCUCGCAGCCACCCCCACCGCCGCCCCCGCCGCCGCCCUCCAUCAAGGUCGAGGAGCUGCCCCUGCACGGCCACGCGCACGGCUACCCCCCGCCGCCCCAGCCGCCGCCGCCCCAGCCGCAGCCCCCGGCCGGCGGGCCCCAGCAGCCCGAGGAGCUGGCCGUCUACUACAAGCCCUGCUCCUCGCCGCCCACCCCGGCCGCACCGGGCUUCGCUCCCGGGCAGAGCGUCUGGGACGAGGCGGGGCCCCUGCACGGCUUCCACCACCACCACCACCACCAUCACCACCAUGCUCAGGCCUACGGCGGGACCGCGGCGGGCGGAGGCAGCGGCGUCCACAAGGCGGCCCCGCCGGCCGUGCCCCGCCUUUCCCUCUUCUCCUUCAAGCAAUCGCCGCCGGGCACGCCGGUGGGCAGCUGCCAGAUGCGCUUCGACGGGCCCCUCCACGCCCUGCCGCUCAACGGCGAGCCCUCCGCCCACGGGCCCGGCGCCCACCACCACCACCACCACCACCACCACCACGACGGGCAGCCCUUCGCCCUGCCCAACCCCAUCCGCAAGCAGGCCGCCGCCGCCGUCGGCUUCCCGGGGCUGCAGAUCGGGCACCCCUCGCAGCUCCUCGACGCCCAGGUGCCCUCGCCGCCCUCUCGGGGCUCGCCCUCCAACGAGGGGCUGUGCGCCGUCUGCGGGGACAACGCCGCCUGCCAGCACUAUGGCGUGCGCACCUGCGAGGGCUGCAAAGGCUUCUUCAAGCGCACCGUCCAGAAAAACGCCAAGUACGUUUGCCUAGCGAAUAAAAACUGCCCCGUGGACAAACGCCGCCGGAAUCGGUGCCAGUACUGUCGUUUUCAGAAGUGCCUCGCAGUCGGCAUGGUCAAAGAAGUGGUCCGCACAGACAGUUUAAAAGGCCGAAGGGGUCGCUUGCCAUCGAAACCGAAGAGCCCCCAGGAGCCCUCUCCCCCCUCACCCCCGGUGAGUCUGAUCAGUGCCCUGGUGAGAGCCCAUGUCGACUCCAACCCGGCUAUGACCAGCCUGGACUAUUCCAGGUUCCAGGCUAACCCGGACUAUCAGAUGAGCGGCGACGACACACAACACAUCCAGCAGUUCUACGAUCUCUUGACCGGCUCCAUGGAAAUAAUCCGGGGCUGGGCGGAAAAGAUCCCCGGUUUCACCGAUCUCCCCAAACAGGACCAGGACCUGCUCUUCGAAUCCGCUUUCUUGGAGCUCUUCGUCCUGCGGCUGGCCUACAGAUCCAACCCGGUGGAAGGCAAGCUGAUCUUCUGCAACGGCGUGGUCCUGCACCGGCUGCAGUGCGUCCGUGGCUUCGGCGAAUGGAUCGACUCCAUCGUGGAGUUCUCUUCCAACCUCCAAAAUAUGAACAUCGACAUCUCUGCCUUCUCCUGCAUCGCUGCCCUGGCCAUGGUGACGGAGAGGCACGGCCUGAAGGAGCCCAAAAGGGUGGAAGAACUUCAGAACAAGAUUGUCAAUUGUCUUAAGGACCACGUGACUUUCAACAACGGCGGCUUGAACCGGCCCAAUUACUUGUCCAAACUCCUGGGCAAGCUUCCGGAACUGAGCACGCUCUGCACGCAAGGCCUCCAGCGCAUUUUCUACUUGAAAUUGGAAGACUUGGUGCCACCGCCAGCAAUAAUUGACAAACUUUUCCUGGACACGUUACCUUUCUAAAGAAGAGUGACAGAGACAGAGAGAGGGAGAGAGAGGGGGGCUCUUCUUUGCUGCUGAACUUUCAGAAUGAAGAACUUUCCAACCUUCGAAGAGCGGAGGGAAAAGCAAGCAAGAAACAAAGCAGAUCCAGGAGCCUGAAGGAGAGACCGAGCGAGAGCGAGAGCGAGAGCACUCCUGGUUAGCAAGGAGCACCUUUGGGUGCUGCUGCGCUCCCAUCCCUUCAAAACUGUGGCUAGCCUCUCUGCCGAACGGUGACUGGACAUUGGGGGCUCUCUAGGGGCAUGCCGGCUUGCGUUCCUUGGACUACACACAGAUCCCAUGGUACAAGCUUUUUAUUAUCGCCCAAACAAACAAACACAGUAUCCUUCACACACGCCCCUCUCCCCAGAUCAAAAGGGGGGGAAACCCCAGAGUUUAUUACUAUGAGGAUGAUUAUGAUAACGAUGAUCAAGGACUUUUGAGUUAAGGAUGCUGAGCCUGGCUCAGUCUUAGCUGCUGCUGAAGGCAAGAGUAUUAAGGUGGGCUACACCCGCCUCCCCCUUUACGAAGACUUUACAAAAGUGUUUUCCGCUGUAAAGGAAAGCUGUAAUAUAUAGAGGACAAAGUUAAGGUGGGGGGAGGGAGAGGGGGUGGCAUGAAUCGUCAGAAGGCAAAGGAUUGUACAUUUUAUCAGAUGCAGUCCGGCUUUUUUCCCCUUUCCCUUUUCUUUUUUUAAAUCUGUGCCUAUUUAUGAAUAAGCUAUUCAAACAGUUUCUAACAAACAAAAACCUUUAAAAAGUGAGGGACAGAAAAGAAUCACGAGAGUAAGUCGAAGGGGGUUGAACAACAAAAAAGUUGACGAUUCAAGCAAGAGGAAGCAGGACUAUUAGGAGGACAAUGUUAUUAUUAUAGGCACUUGCUAUUUCAGUAAUGUCUAUAUUCUAUAAAUAGUAAUUUCAGACACUAUGUAGUCUGCUAGAUUUUAUAAAGAUUGGUAGUUCUCUAAGAAGCCUCGAAUGUUUUUCUCAAUUGUAAAAUAGGUGGGGACAAGUGUGACACAAAUCCAAACAGACUCUCCCCCCCCCACCUCCCCACUUUCCGGAAAAUCUUCUGAAAGGGACCCAUAUUCCCAUGUUUGUAAACACCGUCCAGCAUUCCUUGUUUGUAAGUGUCGUAUGUACUGUUGAUGCUGAUUAAAAGAAAACAGUUUAUAUCUUGAUUAAUUUGGUUGUCUGAAGCGAAGCCAGUCUUGCAUGCACAAGCGUUUUGACCGUUGCCAGAGUGCUUAUAUCUCAUAUACAGAACUUCCUUGAAAUUACUGAGCACUUUGAAAUUUUAUUUUGAGGGUGUUUUGGUUUUGGGGGGUGGGGAAUAUUUUUCUUUUUGAAAAACAAAUGUCUAAAAUUGUCGGUUAAUAAAUUAUUUUAUGUUUCAGUAUGAAAGUUUUUUAUGUGUGCCAUAUUCUGUAGUAUAUUUUUUUUCUUUGUAUAUUUCCAGGAUGGCACUUUCUUAAGUCACUGCCUCCUCUCCACCCUACAACCCCUUCCUUAUGGUGUACUGCAGUUAGCCUCGGACAGU